GACGCCAGGCUUUCUAUUGUGCCGUGAGCCUAUACGUUUGGCCUUUGCCAGAGUAUAAAAGCUCGGGUCUAGCUCUGACGGGACCAGCACGAGCCAGCCUCCCUCGAACGGCACUGCAAGCUGUACUGACGCAGACUCUCCUGAAGCCCCUCGCCAUGUCUCAGACCGCCAAGUCCGCCUCCAGCCAGAGCGCUGAUGCCAAGGACAAGGGAGCCCCAGCUCCAGCUGCCACCAGCAAGGCCACCAAGACCGGCGAGCCUGGCAUGGGAUCCUACAGAAUCAUGCUGUUCGACCAGGAGAACUUCCAGGGCAGGAUGAUGGAGGUCCAGAAUGAGUGUAUGAACGUGUGUGACCGUGGCAUGGACAGAGUGCGUAGUAUCAUUGUGGAGUGCGGCCCCUUUGUUGCCUUUGAGCAGACCAACUUCCGCGGCGAGAUGUUCAUCCUGGAGAAGGGAGAGUAUCCUCGCUGGGACACCUGGAGCAACUCCUACCGCAGCGACUGCCUCAUGUCCCUCAGGCCCAUCCGCAUGGACAGCUUGGAGCACAAGAUCUGCCUUUAUGAGCUCUCCGACUUCAAGGGCAACAAGAUGGAGAUUCAGGAGGAUGAUGUCCCCACCCUCUGGGCGCAUGGCUUCUGCGACAGAGUGGGCAGCGUGAGGGUGCCAGGAGGAGCCUGGGUGGGUUACCAGUACCCUGGAUACAGAGGCUACCAGUACCUGUUUGAGUGCGGUGACUACAGACACUACAACGACUUCUGCGCCUUCCAGCCCCAGAUCCAGUCCAUGCGCCGUAUCAGGGACAUGCAGUUCCACCAGAGAGGUUGCUUCACCUUCACCGCUGCCAGCAAGUGAAAGACCACCUGCUGACCACCUGGUGCUGCUGUAGCUCUCUCAGCUUUUUAUCUCACCAAACUUCUUCUUUCUCCAAUUCUCUGGUCCUUUCCUUAACCUUGACCAUCGUUGCUCCAUCCCAAAGGAAAGAGAGAUUGAGAGCAAUACACUGGACAUCCCCUAAGUGACUUUUUAUGGUGCUAAAAAAUAAACAUGUUGUGAAAAACCUGA